GUUGCUCCUGCCAUACCUCCACUGACAACCCUCGUUCGGCUCGCCUCCUCCCUCUCCUCCUGAAGACCUUUUCUUGCUCGUUCGGCUCGCCUCCCUCUCCUCCUGCAGACCUUGUCUUGCUCGUUCGGCUCAAACCUACAGAAACAUGGUCUGGUGCGACACUGGUCUCUUCUUCGGGGUUGUGGCAGCUGUGACGGCAGCGCAACAAAUUAUUUUCUUCAUCAUCGCAGCCUAUUUCAAGUUUGACAAAGUCACAGAUUUUGCGGGCGGGACAAACUUCGUCCUAGUCUCUCUGCUUACAUUCCUAUGGGCGCAAUCGUUCUUUCUUCGUCAAAUCCUUGUCACUGUAGCUUCUGCGCUAUGGGGGGCACGCCUUUCAGCUUACCUGCUCAUGAGAAUCUUGAAAACAGGCAAGGAUGAAAGGUUCGAUGAUCGCGACAGAGGUUUCAGCCUGCAAUUUGCUGCCUUCUGGUUCUUUCAAGCUCUCUGGGUGUUUCUUGUCUCCAGCCCGAUAGUAAACCUGAACUCGAGCUGCGUUGUGGAUCCUCCCAUGGAAGCUCGUGACUGGGUGGGAUUGGCCAUAUGGCUGGUUGGCUUCCUGAUGGAGGCAAUAGCAGACCAGCAGAAGUUUGACUUCAGAAACAAUCCAGAAAACAAGGGAAGGUUCUGCGACACGGGCCUGUGGAGCUGGUCUCGUCAUCCCAACUACUUUGGAGAGAUCAUCUUGUGGUGGGGCCUCUUCAUCACCUGCAGCAGUGUCUUUACGGAUGCGAUGUAUUGGAGCAUCAUCGGGCCAAUCUUCAUUACCCUGCUCCUCCUUUUCGUGUCAGGUGUCAAUCUUUUGGAGGAGUCUUCUGACAAGCGUUACGGACACAGAGAAGAUUACAGAGAGUACAAGAAGAGCGUGAGCAACCUCAUUCCAUUCCCGCCUUCUAUCUUCCGGGGAAUUCCACAAGCUAUCAAAGUCAUCUUUUUCUUCGAAUGGCCCAUAUACAGCAAACAAUUGAACGACGGAAAGCUUCAGGAAACUCUGUCGCCAGCUCAUCCCCAAGGGCCGUAUCAAGGACAGGCUGUCCAACCGUAGAAGCUCAGAAGUGAUCCUGGGAGUUCAUGGCUUCCUUGGUCUCCGCGGAGUCUUCGUUGUGUUGCGAGGGCCCACAGGACUCUGAACUUGACUUUGAAAAAUGUUUUGAGAUUCUAAUGGUGUGAAAGUGGGGGAAACAGAGGUCUUGAUCUGUGAGGUGCCUGUUUCUUCUGUAGCUGUUGUGUUGCUUUUCUUGACUUGGGUCCUCUUUUGUUGUGCCUCCUCCCUCUCCAUGCGCUUCAAUUCUUUGCUGACAUCACGCGCGAGAUUGUGCUGGUCAUUUCCUGUAAGGGGAGCAUCCCAUGACUUGUCUGGUGUGAGCUUUGAUAAAUAUUCGAGUACGUUGG